UUGAGACCACACUACUUCUUUAUUCGCUUCGAUUAGACGGUCCGGAUCUUCAUUUCACUACCUGCAGUGCAAGGCUCGCUCCUGUUGCAUGGCGCUGCAACUCAUGCAGAAGCGACACUAGGUGCUUAAGUUUGCAAGUGACUCAGAUGGCAUCUCGCCGGAGGGUCGAGGAGAGCGUGUGGGUGGCGGACGUGGAUGCGGCCCUGAGCGACCAUGACCCGUCGAGGGAGGCGGCGCAGUGGCAGUGGCACUGCAUCUACCGCGUGCCAGCGUGCAUCAAGCACCUGAAUCUCAAGGCCUACCAGCCGCAGGUGGUGUCCCUGGGCCCUUUCCACCACGGCGAGCCGCACCUGCUCCCCAUGGACAUUCACAAGCGCCGCUCGCUCCUCCACUUGCUCCGUCGCGCGCGCAAGCCGCUGUCGGAGUUCGUAGUGGCCGUGGCCGGCGUGGCGGAGCAGCUGGAGGGCGCGUACCAGGGCCUCGCCGACGACUGGCGACGCGGCCUCAACCUCGAGGAGGAGAGGAGGGAGAGGUUCCUCGAGAUGAUGGUCACCGACGGGUGCUUCCUGCUGGAGGUGAUGAGGACGGCGUCCGGUUUCGAGGUGAACGACUACGCGCCCAACGACCCCGUCUUCAGCAGCCACGGCCUGCUCUACACCGUGCCCUACAUCCGCCGCGACAUGAUCAUGAUCGAGAACCAGCUGCCGCUCCUCGUCCUCCACAAGCUCCUCGCCGUCGAGACCGGCAAAGAUGGGAACGAGGACUUGAUCAACCGGAUGGUGCAGAGGUUUCUAUCCCCGGCUGCUUGGCCUCCGGCGACCGGCGUCGGACUGGCGCUCCACCCGCUGGACAUUCUCCGCCGGAGCCUGCUCUACGGCCCCACGCAGACGGCUGCCCCCGCGCCUCCGGAUCACUCGGUCCCGGACGACACCAUCCGGUCCGCUGAGGAGCUCUACGAGGCGGGCGUUCGGUUCAAGCGGAGCCGGACGAGCAGCCUCCUCGACAUCAGCUUCCAUCGUGGCGUGCUCCGCCUGCCGGCCAUCUUGGUCGACGACACCACGGAGUACAUGCUCCUGAACCUGAUGGCGUUCGAGCGGUUGCACGCCGGCGCCGGCAACGAGGUGACCGCCUACGUCUUCUUCAUGGACAACAUGAUCGACACGGCCGAGGACGUGGCGCUGCUGACCUGCAGGCGUAUCGUCCACAACACUGUGGGCAGUGACAAGGCGGUGGCGAAGCUGUUCAACGGGAUGUCGAGGGACGUGGUGCUGGAGCCGCACAGCGCGCUGGAUGACGUGCACCGGCAGGUGAACGCCUACUGUCGGAAGAGAUGGAACCGCUGGCGCGCCAAUCUGGUGCACACCUACUUCAAGAGCCCCUGGUCGUUCCUCUCCCUCGCCGCCGCUGUCUUCCUCCUCGUCAUGACCAUCAUGCAGACCGUCUACACGGUGCUACCGUUCUACCAAGGCGCCACCACCAGCUAGCUUAUAUCUUGCUAUAAGUUACACUUCUACCUUGUUCGAUUUACUCCUGAUAUUUGAGUGAAGCAUGUUUGAUCACGGUGUGGCUUUUACCGA